GAGGGGGCGGGGUGCGCUCUGCGCCGGAAGUGGCUUGUAGUUAGUAAAUAAGCACGAAAAGGCGAGAGGCGCUGUCUCCAUCUUGUUGGCAUCUGCUAUUCCUGCGACGCUGUGGAGAUGGGGAGCGUCUUGGGGCUGUGCUCCAUGGCGAGCUGGAUACCAUGUUUGUGUGGCAGUGCCCCAUGUUUGCUGUGCCGAUGCUGUCCUAGUGGAAACAACUCCACUGUAACUAGGUUGAUCUAUGCACUUUUUUUGCUUGUUGGAGUGUGUGUAGCUUGUGUAAUGUUGAUACCUGGAAUGGAAGAACAACUAAAUAAGAUUCCUGGAUUUUGUGAGAAUGAGAAAGGAGUGGUCCCUUGUAAUAUUCUGGUUGGCUAUAAAGCUGUAUACCGUUUGUGCUUUGGCUUGGCUAUGUUCUACCUUCUCCUAUCUCUGUUAAUGAUCAAAGUGAAGAGCAGCAGUGAUCCUAGAGCUGCAGUACACAAUGGAUUCUGGUUCUUUAAAUUUGCUGCAGCAGUUGCAAUUAUUAUUGGGGCCUUCUUCAUUCCAGAAGGAACUUUUACGACUGUGUGGUUUUACGUAGGCAUGGCAGGUGCCUUUUGCUUCAUUCUCAUACAGCUAGUCUUACUCAUUGAUUUUGCCCAUUCGUGGAAUGAAUCAUGGGUUGAAAAAAUGGAAGAAGGGAACUCAAGAUGUUGGUAUGCAGCUUUGUUAUCAGCUACAGCUCUGAAUUAUCUGCUGUCUUUAGUUGCUAUCGUCCUAUUUUUUGUUUACUAUACUCAUCCAGCCAGUUGUGCAGAAAAUAAAGCGUUCAUCAGUGUCAACAUGCUCCUCUGCCUUGGUGCUUCUGUAAUGUCUAUACUGCCAAAGAUCCAAGAAUCACAACCAAGAUCUGGUUUGUUACAGUCUUCAGUAAUUACAGUCUACACAAUGUAUUUGACAUGGUCUGCUAUGACUAAUGAACCAGAAACAGAAUGCAACCCAAGUCUACUGAGCAUAAUUGGAUACAAUACAACAAGCACUGUCCCAAAGGAGGGGCAGUCUGUACAGUGGUGGCAUGCUCAAGGAAUUAUUGGACUAAUCCUCUUUUUACUGUGUGUGUUUUAUUCAAGCAUCCGUACUUCAAACAAUAGUCAGGUUAAUAAACUGACUCUAACAAGUGAUGAAUCAACAUUAAUAGAAGAUGGUGGAGCCAGAAGUGACGGAUCACUGGAGGACAGAGAUGAUGUUCACCGAGCUAUAGAUAAUGAAAGGGAUGGUGUCACUUACAGUUACUCCUUCUUUCACUUUAUGCUUUUCCUGGCUUCGCUUUAUAUCAUGAUGACCCUUACCAACUGGUACAGGUAUGAGCCUUCUCGUGAGAUGAAAAGUCAGUGGACAGCUGUCUGGGUGAAAAUCUCUUCUAGUUGGAUUGGCAUUGUGCUGUAUGUUUGGACACUGGUGGCACCACUUGUUCUUACAAAUCGUGAUUUUGACUGAACGGGACUUCUGGCAUGAAAGUCUCACUUUGAUCAUCACUUAUUUGAAAUUAACAGUAUUCCCAACUUUCGUAAAGUUGCGUAUAUGUGUGCUUCCCAUGUAACUUCUCCAGUGUUCUGGCAUGAAUUAGAUUUUACCGCUUGCCAUUUUAUUCAUUAUAGUCUUGCCAAGCACAUUGAUAGGUGUUUUAGAUUGAAGCAGAGUUUUGAGUAUGUUGGUGGUGGUAAGUUAGGAGAAGUGGACAUUGUUAGGUUUAUCCUUUGCUCAGUACCUGUGAAAAGAAUAAAAACAAAACUGCUUGACAGUUUGAUUUUUAAAUUGUUAGAACUUAAGCUGUUUUAGAAAAAUACGAAAAGAAAUGUAUGGCUGCCUUCUGAAAUAUUUGAUGCCUUGCCCUACAGGAUACUGCAGAGAACAUGGCUAUCCUAAAAUUGUAUAAACAAGUCAGUUAAAUGCCAGUUUUCUAAAAAAUCUUUUCAGAUUUUUCCCUUGAUAUGAAGAGAAGGAACUUACACAGGUAUGGAGUGUUUGAUUGACAACAGUGUAGCUUAUGGUGGAGAUUGAGACACAGAGCUUUCAAAGAAAGAUUGCUGGUGGUGGGUACUAAAUUGAAUACCCAAGUUGGUUUGUAAUGAUUCCUGGGUAGGGAUGGCCUUCCUUACUUACAUAGUGAACUUUGUUUUGGUCAUUAUAAACACAUGCAGAUGUGUUAAAAUGUGUUCAGUGGGUUCAGUGGAGUGGUUAGGAACUCUGAAGGAUUUAGACAAAGGUCUUGAAAAGGAUAAUCAUGGGUUAGAAGGAGGCUGAAAAUCACUUGGAAAUUUCAUUUUGAAAAUCAGAGUUGAUAAACUUUUGACAGAACAGGAAGAAACUGCAAAAUAGGCUUCAGUAGACAAAGUCUAAUUUAGUUUUCUCAUUUAAAAAAUGAAGAAACUGAAGCAUAGGCUUAAACACAGCUAACCAGUGGCAAAGCUGGGAAAUCCCAAGUCUGUCAAAACAACUGGCAUUCUUUCUGGCAUUCAAAAAUAAUUACUAUUCAAAUAUAUGCAUAAUAGAUUUUACACCUUGUGAGUGGUGGAUAAUUUAUGUGAUGUGAGUUGCUGGUGUCCAGCAUGCCUUCUACACACAGACAGGCCAGGAGAAUGAUGGACUGCUGUAAACUCCUGCUUACAGUAUACUAUACAGUUCAAAAGAUGCUUUUGUAUUUGCUGCCAUCCAAUUGAAAUAUAUAGGUUAUUAUAAUCUUUCAACCUGAAAAUCAAGCAGUAUCAGUGUUAAUUUAGGUAGAAACUCUUAGGUACCUGUGUCAUUAGUGUCUUAAUGAAUCUUAAAAUCUACAUUUGCUUCUUUUAAGAUAUUUAUUAAUGUGAAUGAAGUGUAACAAUUUAAUUUCCCACCUGUGUUGAUAUUGUGUUCAUUUCAAAUGGCUGUGUUCUAUCUUUAAAUAAAUGAAUUCAGAGAAAGUG